AUGGUGGCCGCCGACGAAGACAAGAAGGAUGACAAGCCCAUCCAGACGCUCGACGCGGGCGACAUCGCCCUGCUCAAGACCUACGGCCUGGGCCCGUACUCGACGAGCAUCAAGCGCCUCGAGAAGGAGAUCAAGGACAAGGUCAAGCAGGUCGACGAGCUGUGCGGCAUCAAAGAGUCCGACACCGGCCUGGCCCCUCCCUCGCAAUGGGACCUCGUCAAGGACAAGCAGUGCGUCAUGGAGGAGCAGCCGCUGCAGGUUGCGCGCUGCACGAAGAUCAUCGCCGAGGAGAACGAGGAGCCCAAGUACGUCAUCAACGUCAAGCAGAUCGCCAAGUUUGUCGUCUCCCUCGGCGAGCGCGUCGCCCCAACCGACAUCGAGGAGGGCAUGCGCGUCGGCGUCGACCGCAACAAGUACCAGAUCCAGAUCCCGCUCCCGCCGAAGAUCGACGCCUCCGUCACCAUGAUGACCGUCGAGGAGAAGCCGGACGUCACGUACAACGACGUCGGCGGCUGCAAGGAGUCCAUCGAGCGCAUCCGCGAGGUCGUCGAGCUCCCGCUGCUCAACCCGGACAAGUUUGUCGCCCUCGGCAUCGACCCGCCGAAGGGCGUCCUGCUGUACGGCCCGCCCGGCACGGGCAAGACCCUUCUCGCCCGCGCCGUGGCCAACCGCACCGACGCCUGCUUCAUCCGCGUCAUCGGCUCCGAGCUCGUCCAGAAGUACACCGGCGAGGGCGCCCGUAUGGUCCGUGAGCUCUUCGAGCUGGCACGCACCAAGCGCGCUUGCAUCGUCUUCUUCGACGAGGUCGACGCCAUUGGCGGCGCCAGGUUCGACGACGGCCAAGGUGGCGAUAACGAGGUCCAGAGGACCAUGCUCGAGAUCCUCAACCAGCUGGACGGCUUCAGCGCCCGCGGCAAUAUCAAGGUCCUUAUGGCCACCAACCGCCCGGACACCCUGGACCCUGCUCUGCUGCGCCCAGGCCGCCUGGACCGCAAGAUCGAGGUCGGCCUGCCGGACCUGGAGGGCCGCACCCAGAUCUUCAAGAUCCACGGCCGCUCGAUCAACUGCGAGAGGGACAUCCGCUGGGACCUGUUGGCUAGGCUCUGUCCGAACUCCACCGGCGCCGAUAUUCGCUCCGUCUGUACCGAGGCGGGCAUGUUCGCUAUACGCGCGAGGCGUAAGACCGUUACAGAGAAGGACUUUUUAGACUCGAUCGCAAAGGUCAUUCAGGGAUAUGCCAAGUUCAGCGCUACGGCCAAGUAUCUGGCGUACAACUGAUUUCUCGGGGGCGCAUCGUUGUAAAUACCAGUUUUGGUCCUCAAUGCUCUUUGAACACCAACACGCGAGCGCCCGAAAAGAUAGCCGCACUUCUCUCGUCAAGAUUGUGUACCAUGAAUACCGUGUACCUGCGGUAUGUUUCGAACGGAUAGUUUGUACUAUAUAUCGGCGACUGUUUGCCGCAAUGGGGGGAUCUCGCUUUAUAUGUUGCACAGAUUCGUGAUUACCUAUCACUUGACCAUCAAGCUGAAGACCUCUGGGAGGCUUGCGCCGCCGUAAUCAGACUGGUGAUGCCGCUUCAGUCGUGCGUGUUCUUUGUUCCGCAGUUUGAAAUAUUUAAAGGGACAGGUUCGAACAAAGUCUUGGUCGACGUUUGGAACCUUCCGGAGUCUAUGUGACUGAUAUCCCGAGAUCGCCGCUUCCCAUAAUCGCUAGAUGUCCUAGUAGACUUGAGACACCGACAGUGUAAAAAUCGACACUCUGCUUCACUCGUGUUGCACAAGUAUGA